AUGUCUGAAAUUGUGGAUAUGCUCGUCUGCCGCGAAUUAGGUGGCCCGUACGAAUUGCGAAAGGUCCGAUUAGGGUCACUUCGAAACGACGAAUUACUUGUCCGGAUUAUCGCAACUGGUGUUUGCCAUACCGACUUUUCCUGUUGCAAUGCACGUAUAUUUCUCCUAAAAUUCCCCCUACCGCUGGUUGGUGGGCAUGAGGGUGCUGGUAUUGUAGAGCAGGUAGGCUCCGAAGUCACGGAUAUCUCUCCCGGUGAUCACGUAUUGCUCAGCUUCAGCACCUGUGGUGAAUGUGCUCCUUGCACAAGAAAUCUGCCGGCUUACUGCGCAAAUCUUUGGAAAUUGAACUUCCUUGGGGCUCGAACGGAUGGCACAAAAGCGUACACCGAUGCCAUCGACGGGACAGAGAUAUCCUCGCACUUCUUUGGCCAGUCGUCGUUCGCGAAGAAGGCCAUUGUCAGAGCCACAUCUGCGAUUCGGGUUGCGCCAGACCUUCCGCUGCAGACCCUGUGUGUUCUUGGAUGCACGCUGCAGACUGGGGCCGGAACGGUCUUGAAUCAACUCCAACCACCGCGAGGAAGCUCUAUUGCGGUAUUUGGAGCUGGUGCGGUCGGAAUCGCAUCGAUAUUAGCCUCACAGUUAACGCCCGAUGUCAAAAUUAUUGCGGUCGAUGUGCUAGCCAGUAAACUACAGAUCGCGAAAAUGCUAGGAGCACAUUACACCGUUGAUUCAACGAAAGAGAACCCUAUUGCGGAAAUCCUUGCACUUACAAGUGGUUUUGGUGUUGAGAGGGCAUUGGAUACAACCGGGCAUCCUGAGGUUAUUAAAACAAUGCUGUCAGUUACAGCACCAGGUGGCACUGCUGCUUCCGUCGGGGCGCCAAAGAUGGGAACAAAGAUUGACAUUGAGCCCGCCAUAUGGAUUACUCGGGGGUUCAUCCCCCGACUGAUCCAGCUAUGGGCAGACGGGGAUCUACCAGUGGAGACGAUGAUCACGGAGUAUAAGUAUACGGAGAUUGAGCGCGCAAAAACUGAGCUGCGAGGUGGCUCAUGUGUGAAGGCAGUUUUGCUCUGGGACGAGAGUAACUAA